CAUGCUCAUCAUUGCAACUUGAUUAUGGAUCCUUACGAGUAUACAAGCAAUGGAAAUGAUAACGUCCCAGCCGACGAAAACUUGGCCGAUGAUGAGAUCGCUAGACUAGAAGAAGAGCUUACACCUAAGGGUGCAGACUAUUACGGAAUUUUGAACAUUUCAAGAAGUGCUAGCGAAGAUGAUAUAAAGGAUGCCUAUAAGAAGCUCUGUCGGUUCUUCCACCCCGAUAAGCAUAACACAGAUGAGACCAAGAAGAUUGCUGAAUCCCGGUUCCAAGUAAUCCAAAGAGCUUAUGAAGUCUUGACUGAUGCUCAAAAGCGUGCGAUUUAUGAUACUUAUGGUGAGGCUGGCCUGACCGCCAAGUGGGAGGUUGGACCCAAGUUCAAGUCAACAGAUGAGAUGAUGGCCGAAUUUGAAAAGAAAGAACGUUUGAGAAGAGAAAAGGAAUUGGAGAGUCUAGUGAGAGCACACAAUGACUUUACCCUGAGACUGGAUGCGACCCAGAUCCUGGAUCCUUAUGAUCCUCCAGUGUUUACCUUUGGACAGCCUACUCAAGUACGCAAGAAGCACCCAUUGGAGUUUCUGACACGCGGAAGAGUCGAACAGUUGUUUAUGCGACACUCGUUUGAGACCCAGAUUGGACCACAGACUCAAGCCAUUAUUGGAGGUUCGAUGGUCACACAGGGAGGUAUGGGAGGAGGUAACUUGGUAGGAACGAUUCGCCAUACAGUAUCGCCAAAGUUAUGGGGUGAAUUUAGUGCAACGAUACUCCAUCCAAGAAUAUUCACACUCAAGACGAAUUACAACGUUUCUGCGGACAGUUUUGUCAAUGCGACCUUUGUAUCGCGUACCCUGUCUGGUCCUCCGGUCACCUCCGUGACUGCCGGCCGACGUCUGUUUAAAUCCACAACAGGAUAUAUCACUUACAGAACAGGCGAAUGGGCCCUUGGAUCCUGGGGGGAUUCUUCGCGUGCAUCAGAUAAAUCGUCUGUUUCGCUUGGACUUGCGUCAGCACACAAGCAGGGUAGCUAUAGCGUUGAACUCCAGACGGGAAUUCAAGCGUCGCAUUUGGCGGGUGACUAUACUCACAAGCUACCCAACCAUAUGGUUCUGCGUCUGUCAUCAUCAUUGUCUUCUUCUGCCGGAAUUGCAGUUAGUAUCGGCAGUGACCACAAGGUAUCUGAACAUAUCCGUUUUGGAAUGGUACUAGAGUGCGGCUUGGCAUCGGGUGUGAUGAUCAAAUUCCGAGCUUCACGUCUUGGACAAAAGUUUUCGGUGCCUAUCAUAUUGUCUCAAGGCCUUGAUUUGAGGGUUGCUUUGGGUGCAUUAAUUGUGCCUUCUUCAGUUGCAUUGGCCCUUGAUCGUUAUGUGCUGACACCUAGACGUAAAUUGCGGAUAAAAGAGAAGAUCGCGGCCCUGCGUGAAGAACAUCAGGAAUAUCUCGCCACACGCAAGCAAGAAGCCCUUGACGCCCAGCUACUUAUGGCUGACAUUGGGCAACGGAAGCGUAACCAGGAAGAAAAGAAGGAAGAUGGACUGGUGAUUGAAGAGGCUGUUUAUGGAAAUUUGAAUGGACAGGAUGAAGAUGAGAAGGUGGACGUAACAUUGGUAGUGCAGACACUCGUAAAUGAGUCUCGGUUGACGAUCCCUGGGGGUCAUUCCAAGACAAGUAUUUUGGGUUUCUACGAUCCUUGUUUGGGUGAGCACAAACAGCUUAAGGUGCGCUAUCGAUUCCGGCACCGGCUGCACGAAGCCAUUGUGGAAGACACGGCUCACUUGAUCUGCCCGAUGCAAUCCCAUCUUAUUUAGAUUCUAAAUCACCAAAAAGAACACAAAAGUGUAUAAAUAAAUCGUUACACAUACACCACUGGUGGCAAAUAUAUUUCCAGGGGCCGUCUAAAUUGUUAAUCAAGAAAAUAGCGACUUAAAAUUUUGUUAAUACAUUUCUUCCUCUCUUUCCACUUUCUCAC